ACCAUAUGAAAUAACCUGUUGUCAUAACAAUCACAAGAGCGAUCUUCUCAUCUUCGUGUGUAGGAGGAGUAUUUUUGUGGUAAGGUGCAGUAAUGUGUUUAUCAGUAAUAUGUUUAUCAGUAAUGUGUUUAUCAGUAAUAUGUUUAUCAGUAAUGUGUUUAUAAGGACCGGAGGUCCCAGGAAUAGGAAUAGGACUGGAUGUCCUAUCAGGAAUCUUUUUAUGUGAUUCAGCUGUUUUUUCAAUAAAAUUAACCUUUAGAUUAAUCCCAAUAGUCAGAUCUUCACCAGAUAUCAAAAUCUUGUUGUUGUAACCCACCACACCCGUCUUAAUUCUGAGAUUCAUGUCACUGGGUAUCAUAUAAAUACCUUGUCCAACCGAAUAAUCAACCUUACUUGAAGCGUAGUUUAACGUAUCCUGAUAACGUUUAAUGUCCUCCUGAAUAUCAACCCUACGGUUAACAAUGUCUUCAAGCAAGGAGGUUUAAAAAGAAGGAGAGAGAACUCGCGGCGUCCCUUUAAAUUUUCUAUUCAAUUUUUUAUUGUUUCGGCGCCCCUUUGAACUGAUCCGUGUCUCUGAUUUGGCUCAAUAUUUACCUACCGACUCUGAAACGAGUGUUUUAACGAGAAAAGAUAAAUCUUAAAAAUCACACUUACAGCAAUGCGGAAGAGCAGGAAAACAUGUAGUUUAGUUAAACUACAAGAUUCAAUGAGGGUGAAGUUUGUUUUUCCACUUCCAUAAGGACGCGGAAGGAGUAAAGUGCCUUCAAAGUGCGAAAAGCUGCCUUGGGAGAUCGUAAAGUUUUACAACUUAUAAACUAUUUCGUAUGUCCCCUCCUGGGAAAAUGUUAGUUAAAGGGUUGAUUAACGUUUUUGUGCAGGUCUCGUCAGGAGGGGUUAUUUAUAAAAUUGUUUUUUUUACUCUCGAAGUAGACGAAUUCUCGGUAGGGUGUCGCAGCACGUCGCAGCACUCGGUGAUGUUUUCCAUUGUCAUGGAACAAAAGAAAAUAAUUAUUAGUUCUAAUUAUGUAUAUUUAGGUAAAAGUUUUAAGCAACUUUUUUUCUUUUUUCCCUAGUGGGAGUAGAUUUUCUGUUUAUGUAUAUUCUUUCUUUCUCUCACACCAGCUGUAUGUUUUGAAUAUAUAUUGAAUUGAGUUUAUAAUUGUUUUUUUAUUAGGUGUUACAUAACCAGCUGGCAAGUGGUUCACAUUUUUUUUUAAUUCCCUUGACACCUUUGUGGGUUUUUUAUGAAGUUUUUUUGAAAAAUAAAGUAUUCAUAUUUGAAUUUUGCUGUGUCAACAUGUCUGCUUCACAUUCAGAGUAUAUUCAAAAGCUAUGUAGAUUGUGUGGGAAGAAAAUUGUGAAAAGUAAACAUUACGUUAAUUUUAAAUCUUGUGAUAUUUACAGUGAAGUGUUUCAAUCUAUAUAUGGAAUAAAUUGUGAACAAGAAGAUCCUUGUGUAUUUCCUAAAUUUACUUGUAAUGGAUGUAGAAGAAAAUUAGAUGAGAUGAAAACGUCAAAAAAAAUAAUUGGUACUGCUGCAUCAUUUUACCCUCAUGUGGAUGAAAAUUGUGUGUGCAUGAAUUAUGCUGUAAACAGAAAAGACAGCUUAAAAAUACUGGAAUUAGAUGUGAGUAUGAAGAAAGUUGGUUUUAGUAUAUGUGAUAAAUCGGAUAACUAUAAACGUGUCUAUACCCUUUGUCAAAAUGAAAAAGAAUUAAACCAUUUGCUUACAAUACGUAUAGACAACAGCAAUGGUUGGGAUUUCUCCAUAUAUGGGAAACCUAUGGAGAAAGAAACAAUACAACUAACAAAAACUCUGCCAUGUGUUUUGAAAAAUGAUGAUAUUUCAACUUUCUCGUCAUUCUGGAAGUCAGUCAGUGUUUGCACGGGGUUACAAGGUUAUGAAGAUGUAAUCAAGUCGAGAUGUAAUUUCGAACAGCCAUUCAUGAAUCAGAGUGGAACAUUUCCAGUAGCUUUUGUUGAAGACGAUAAAAUGGUCAGAUUUGAUGAAGACAAUUUUAAAACAAUACGCCAUACCAACUGUCAUUUUUUAGCUGAAAAACCUUCAUCUGUAUGUAGUAUGUGCAAUUCUUUUAAACCAACAGUUAAAAAAGUUAGAAGUAGACGGAAAAGUGAUGAUUCUGUGCUGGAUUCCUCACAUACAAACAUUCGAUAUCUUUCCAGAGAAGAACUAGAGGAAAGAUAUCGCAAUACUCAGGGAGAAAAACAGAGAGCAAUAAAGAAAGUUGCCCAAUUAUCAUCUUGGGUAAGAAAAAUUACUGAGAAAGAAUGCAUCCAUGUUGAUGAUGAGCAACACGAAUUUAUAAAAAAUAUUGUUUGCAAUGAGGAAACAUGUCCUGAAAUACCCGAAGGCAGUCCCCAGUGGUUGUUAUGGGAGCAACAAAAAGAAAUGGCUUCCAAAAGUUCACCUAAUGGCAUGAGAUGGCACCCACUAAUUAUUAGGUGGUGCCUCAGUUUAUACCACCAUUCACCAGCAGCAUAUAAACAUUUGCGAAAUCCGAAUUUGAAUUUUUUAAAACUCCCACAUAUUGACACACUUAAAAAAUACAUAAACUUCACUGAUCCAAUGUGUGGAUUCAAUCCAGAUGUCAUUGAAAGAUUAAUAGUGGAUAGUAAAAUUGCAACUCUGGAUGAUCACCAAAAAAACGUUUCGCUUAUUUAUGAUGAGAUGAAAAUAAAAGCUGACUUGGUGUUCAGACAGUCAACUGGACAAUUGGUUGGUUUCACUGAUAUGGGGGAUAUUAACGAUGAGUUAGUUGAAUUUCAAAAACGUGCUGAGGGAUCAUCAGAGAAUGAUCGUCACUUUGCUUCCUAUGUGAUAGUGUUUAUGGUUCGAGGAAUUGUUUCAUCUCUGGUGUAUCCUUUUGGAUAUUUCGCAUCAUUGGGAUUUACCUCUGAUCAGCUCUAUCCAUGUGUAUGGGAGGCGACAUAUGUAUUGGAGGCAAUUGGUUUUUAUGUUCGAGCAUUUAUUUCAGAUGGUGCUUCUCCCAAUAGGAAGUUUUACAAAAUUAUGGUGACACCUGAUAUUGGUAACACAUAUUGGACCAACAACUUAUUAUCAUUGGACAGAAAGAUCUUUUUUAUAUCCGAUGUCCCUCAUCUCAUUAAAACAACGAGAAACUGUUUCGAGAACUCUCAUGGAAACAAUAAUACACGCAAUCUUUUUCUCGAUCACAUGGAUAUCAGCUGGAACCAUCUUGUCAAUGUUUAUGAAUGGGAUCUGAAUUUACAUGGAGCAGCACCUGGAUUAAGGAAACUUUAUAAACUAAAAGAGGAUCACAUAAAGUUAACUCCAAGGUUGAGGAUGCAAGUUAAGUUGGCUACCCAAGUUUUGAGUAAAACAACUGCUGAUGCACUUGAGGUUCAGGGGCUGCAUUAUACGAAAAGUACAAUAAAGUUUGUGCGUAUGUUUGACCAAGUUUUUGAUUGCUUGAAUGUAUCUUCAAUUAAUCAAGAUCGUGGCGGAAAAAUAGCUCUUGCAGCAUAUAGAGAUGUUAACGAUUGGCGUUUUGAGUUUUUAGAGAAAGAAUUCCUCGAACAUUACCUGGGAAGGUGGGAAGAACAAGCCAAUGACACACCUAAUUUAUCCCAAGAUGAAAAAAAUAAAUUGUUAUUGAGCAAACAGACGAUAAAUGGUUGGAAAAUAACAGUGAAAUCAUUCGUGGAACUGACCAAAUUACUUCUCCAGAGUCCAAAUGUCAAGAUGAUUUUGAGCGAGAAAUUCUCACAAGAUCCAUUGGAGGAACAUUUCGCUCGUCAAAGACGAAGUGGUGGUACAUGUGACAACCCAACACUUUAUCAAUUUGGCCAACAAGAACUUUCUUUGCUUGUUAUGAAAUCUGAGUUGAUCAGAGAUCUACGUGGAAACACUCGACGUGGUAAUCAAAAUCAGAUUCACCUAGACGUAAAUGAUAUGAGGAAACUUCCACAGAAAAGAAAGAGAUAGUUAUUUAUAUAUUGAUACUUUUGGAAACAUGAUUGUUUGACUAUUUUAUUUAUAUUUUUUCUGAGUAUGUCAGACAUUUUUACCAUUACGCUUUUUCAACAUAGAAGUUGUUUUGUUAUUAGUGCCUUGUCUUUUGAGUCACAUCUUUUGCAAAUAUUUUUAGUGGAGUACGAUUUUGACUUUGAUUUGAAACAUUUUUUUGAAAACAUCAAAUCUUAGAAAAUAAUUGAGAUUAAAAAAAUUUAGGAUUGCUACUUUAUUAUUGCUAUGUAAUUUUUAUUUAUGUCAUCGGGAAAUUACAACUAUUACGGAAUUUCUUUUAUCUUCAUUUCGAAUGGAUCCGCCAUACGUGAAUAAAUAUUACAGUUUUGUUUUGCUUUUUUACAUACUCACUUCGCGAUAUGUAGAACAACCCUGGGGACAAGUUUCAUUAUAUUCCCAACAAGAAUUCAUGCGAAGGAGUGUACAUACCCGAUACCCGUGUGAGAUGUAAAACUUGUUUGCAAAGAGAGUUCGAUACCCGUGUGAGAUAUAAAACUUGUUUGCAAAAAAUUUAAUCAAAUGGAAUAAUCAAAAAGUGAGUUGAUUUCAUCAGGCCACAGUCAGGCAUAGAGCAUCCGAUGCGGCAAUCCUAGGUCCGAGGUUGCGGUCAGCUUUAAGUAGCGAUUCUCGCGUAAGAAUAUUUGCGUCGGUAAUUAUGCACGCGCAACUUAUUUUUCAGGGUCCCUCCAGCUGAUAAAAAGCAUGUUGUUUCAUACCAUCUUGAUUAGCCUAUCCAUCGACCAUUUCUCCGCGUUUUUAUGAUCUAUUAAAUUUCUAGCAAAGCGCGCAGAGUUUUGAUCUCGCAGCAUUAUUCAGUUUAACGCUUGCCAAUGUGCAUAACUGAACAAAGAAGUAGCACAAAAAAAAGAAAUGAGAGUGAAGUUCACAAAUCUUGGCAAAAAUUUAGAUUUAAAAUAAACAGCUUCAGCGAGAUUGAAUCCUUACUCAAUCCGAAAAAAACCCUUAAAAUAGUACAAACAUAAUAAGGGUAUGAUUAUUUUACUAAGAAACACAGUUAUAUACAUGGAAAAGAUAUAUAGAAAUUAAAACAAGUUAUAGGUAAAAAUGUUAUGACAAUUAGUUAAGUUUUUUUCUCAUUGCUGGUUCACCUUUUUUAGAUAAGACUACAGUCAACUUCUCUUUUUUCUCCGAUGCUAGAGAAGCAAGUUUGCGUCGAACUACUUGUAUAUAUGCAGUGACAUAUGCUUUUGCUCUGAUGUCACACCAUUUUUUAAUGAUCUGAGCUUUGAGAAUUUUCGAUAACUUCUCAUUUCCAAGAUACCGUGAAAGUAUGACCCAGGCUUGAUCAAUUAAAGAGUCCUUCAUAAGUUCAUUUUCGAAAAGUUCCCGUAUAUCUUCUCCUUUAUAUUUUUUCAACAUGUUCAAAUUUAAAACUUUUCUAAUAACGUUUUCAAUUCUUCUGCAAAAAAUAAACAUGUCAUCAUUGACUUUUAUCAGG